AUGAACCAGGCAGACCCGGCUGAGGACCCGGACCCCAGCCCCGCACCCCUGUGUGUGGUGUGUGGCGAAGCCCACUGCCCCGAGGAAAACCACUUCUACACCUACACGGAAGACGUGGACGACGACCUCAUCUGCCACAUCUGCCUGCAAGCUCUUCUGGACCCUCUGGACACUCCAUGUGGACACACGUACUGCACCCUCUGCCUCACCAGCUUCCUGGUGGAGAAGGACUUCUGCCCCGUGGAUCGCAAGCCCCUGGUUCUGCAGCACUGCAAGAAGUCCAACAUCCUGGUCAACAAGCUCCUCAACAAGCUGCUGGUGACCUGCCCGUUCUCGGACCACUGCACCGAGGUGCUCCAGCGCUGCGACCUGGAGCGUCACUUUCAGACGAGCUGCAAGGGUGCCUCCCACUACGGCCUCACUAAAGACAGGAAGAGGCGCUCGCAGGAUGGCUGCUCAGAUGGCAGCGCCAGCCUCACAGCAGCAGCACUGUCCCCAGAGAUUUCCACAGUCCCCACCAUCUCUUUAAUGACGGAUGAGCCUGGCCUGGACAACCCUGCCUACGUGUCCACAGCCGAGGACGGUCAGCCAAACAGCCCCCUGGACUCUGGCCGGAGCAACCGAACAAGGGCACGGCCCUUUGAGCGAUCCACCAUCAGAAGCAGAUCCUUUAAAAAAAUAAACCGAGCCUUGAGUGUUCUUCGAAGGACAAAGAGUGGAAGUACGGUUGUCAGCCAAGCUGAUCAGGGACGAGAGGAUUCUGAAAACACCACUGUCCUUGAUGUCUUUCCAAGGUUGUAUCACCUGAUUCCAGAUGGUGAAAUUACCAGCAUCAAGAUCAAUCGAAUGGAUCCCAAUGAAAAUCUCUCCAUUAGGCUUGUGGGAGGCAGUGAAACCCCGCUGGUCCAUAUCAUUGUCCAGCACAUUUAUCGUGAUGGGGUGAUAGCCAGAGAUGGCCGGCUCCUGCCAGGAGACAUCAUCCUAAAGGUCAACGGGAUGGACAUCAGCAACGUCCGGCACAACUACGCCCUGCGCCUCCUGCGGCAGCCUUGCCACGUGCUGCGGUUGACGGUGCUCCGGGAGCGGAAGUUCCGGAGCAGGACCGACGAACAGCCCCUGGAUGCUUAUGGGCCCCGGGAUGACAGUUUCCACGUGAUCCUCAACAAAAGCAGCCCGGAGGAGCAGCUUGGAAUAAAACUGGUGCGCAAGGUGGAUGAACCUGGGGUGUUUAUUUUCAACGUGCUGGACGGUGGCGUGGCAGACAGACACGGCCAGCUGGAGGAGAAUGACCGUGUGUUAGCCAUCAAUGGGCAUGACCUUCGGUACGGCAGCCCAGAGAGCGCAGCUCAUCUGAUUCAGGCCAGUGAAAGGCGUGUUCACCUCGUCGUGUCCCGCCAGGUUCGGCGGCAGAGUCCUGACAUCUUUCAGGAAGCCAGCUGGAGCAGCAACGGCAGCCAGUCCCCGGGGCCAGGGGACAGGAGCAACACUCCCAAGCCCCUCCAUCCUGUGGUCACUUGUCAUGAGAAAGUGGUAAGUGUCCGAAAAGACCCUGGUGAAUCACUCGGCAUGACCGUUGCAGGAGGCGCAUCACACACAGAGUGGGAUUUGCCAAUCUAUGUCAUCAGUGUCGAGCCCGGAGGAGUCAUAAGCAGAGAUGGAAGAAUAAAAACAGGUGACAUUUUGUUGAAUGUGAAUGGGAUCGAACUAACCGAGGUCAGCCGGAGUGAGGCAGUUGGCUUGUUGAAAAGCACAUCCUCCUCGGUGGUACUGAAAGCUUUGGAAGUCAAAGAGUAUGAGCCCCAGGAAGAUGACAGCAGCCUGGCAGCCCUGGACUCUGACCACGACGCAGCCCCACUCGGCGACUGGUUCCCCUCUUGGGUCAUGUGGCUGGAAUUACCACGGUACCUGUAUAACUGUAAAGAUAUUAUAUUACGAAGAAAUACAGCUGGAAGUCUAGGCUUCUGCAUCGUAGGAGGAUAUGAAGAAUACAAUGGAAACAAACCUUUUUUUAUCAAAUCCAUUGUUGAAGGAACACCAGCAUACAAUGAUGGAAGAAUUAGAUGUGGUGAUAUUCUUCUGGCUGUCAAUGGUAGAAGUACAACAGGAAUGAUACAUGCUUGCUUGGCAAGGAUGCUAAAAGAACUUAAAGGAAAAAUUACUCUCACCAUUGCUUCCUGGCCUGGCACUUUUUUAUAG